AAUGAGUCUCAAAAGCAUGUCACUCACUCUUCUCAUUGCCAUUUUUGCAGCUUUGUCAUCCAAACAUUUCAUCACUCCAGAUUCACCAUUCCUCAACUGCCUCAUUGAUUUUACUACUCUCGCCACCUUCCCAUCAACCAUAAUAUCAACACUAGUACCAUACAAAAGUCUUGGAGGGCAUCACCAUCGUCGUCGUCAUCCUAAUAAAACAAUAGCAUCAAAUUGCGACGAUUUUCCACCUGAUUUUCCACCUCCAGCCACUAACACGACGUCGAUUAUUUGUGUUGACUGGAAAGGGUGUUGUAAUUUCACAACUGUGCAAGCUGCAGUUGAUGCAGUUGGAGUUCUUAGCCAGAAAAGAACCAUAAUAUGGAUCAACAGUGGCAUUUACUUUGAGAAAGUCAUUGUUCCAAGAACCAAACCAAAUAUCACAUUCCAAGGACAAGGGUAUACUUCUACUGCAAUUGUGUGGAAUGACACAGCCAAUUCUGCCCACGGCACAUUUUACAGUGGCUCUAUCCAAGUUUUUGCUACCAACUUCAUUGCUAAGAACAUAAGUUUCAUGAAUGUAGCCCCAAGACCGAAGCCGGGUGAUGUUGGAGCUCAAGCAGUAGCCAUGAGAAUAGGAGGAGACCAAGCUGCCUUCUGGGGUUGUGGAUUCUUUGGAGCUCAGGACACUCUUCAUGACGAUAGGGGUCGCCAUUACUUCAAGGAAUGUUAUAUUCAAGGUUCAAUUGAUUUCAUCUUCGGCAAUGGAAAGUCAUUUUAUGAGAAUUGCCAGCUGAUAUCUAUAGCCAAUCCCGUAGCUGUGGGAUCCAAGGGCAUAAAUGGAGCGGUUACAGCACAUGGGAGAUCUUCCAAUGAUGAAGAUAGCGGGUAUGCAUUCGUCAACUGCACGGUGGGAGGGACUGGAAGAAUAUGGCUAGGCCGAGCAUGGAGGCCCUUCUCCAGAGUCAUCUUUGCAUACACAACCAUGUCCGAUAUCAUCGCGCCAGAGGGAUGGAAUGACUUCAAUGACCCUACAAGAGACCAGUCUAUUUUCUAUGGUGAGUACAUGUGCUCAGGAGCAGGAGCUAAUGUGACAAUGAGGGUGCCUUAUUUGCAGAGACUCAAUGACACACAAGCUUCUCCUUUUCUUAAUGUGUCUUUCAUUGAUGCUGACCAGUGGUUGCAACCAUACUCCUAGGAUUUAUUUAUGAGCUGUGUCUUUCAAUUUCAAUGUAAUUAAAAUGAUAAUAUAAUUCAUCAUUUAUUCAUGUUUAA